AUGAAAUUUAAACCCCCUCGAUGUAACCAAAAUUGUAGGAUUCCAUCAGACUGCCACCAUCCAUUACGUAAACCUCACCGCUGUCACUUUGGUAGUUGUCCAUCUUGUGAUGAAGUUUGUGACAAGCCCUUGACCAGCUGUGGGCAUAAAUGCCCAGAACUUUGUCAUGAUGUUAUUAAAGUCAAAAAGAAAGUUAAUCCACUGUUGUAUGCAGGGAACAAUAAUAUUCCACAAUUUGAUAUCAUUAAAAAACCCUGCCCACCUUGUAUAGAGCCAAUGAAGCUAGAAUGUUUAGGGAAACAUGAGAUAAAUGAAUUUACUUGCUCUCAGCUAGGCCCAUAUUCUUGCAAGAGGCCAUGCGGGAAACAAUUAGCUUGUACCAAUCAUACUUGCACUUUAGACUGUCAUGAAGUCAUUGAUGCUCCUGAUGAGAAAAGUGCUGGUUCCAACUGUGCUAAAUGUGAAUAUGAGUGCCUCCGAAAACGUCCACAAGGCUGUAACCACAUCUGUUUGCUACCAUGUCACCCAGGAGACUGCCCUCUUUGUGUACAGAUGUUUCGUAUUCGAUGUCAUUGCCGAAGCAUACAGAAACACAUUGAAUGUUUCAAGUGGUCAUCUACUGAUCAAGAUACACGUAACAAUUUAAAAUCAUGUGGACAAGAGUGUCCCAAAAUUAUGUCCUGUACCCACAAAUGUAACCAGGUUUGUCAUUCUGGAGAAUGUGAUCCAAAAGGAUGUGAUAAAAAGAAAUCUAUCCGAUGCAAAUGUAAAAGACGGAAAAAAGAAUUCUCUUGUCUUCAAGUGAUGUCAGGCAAAGCUCAGCUUCCAUGUGAUGAAGGGUGCAACGAAUUAAAGCUAAAACAACAGAGGGUAAUUUCUUCUUUUUGA